AUGCAGGUGUCCGAGCUCACUCAACAGUUCCAGCUACUACAAGCUCCCACUGUGCCGCCCACACCGCAGGUUCUCCCAGUACCAUCGGAGACCCCCUCCCAGCCGGAACCACGUCUCCCGAUCCCGGAGAUGCUGCUGCAGGAGGAGCAGGAGACUGACGUCACUCUGUGUGUGGGUUCUGCUGUUCGGCUGAAGGCCCACAGGGCAGUGCUGCUGGCCCGAGCUCCUCACCUCCUGCAGGGAACCGAAGCAUCUACACCUGUCAUUCACCUGCAGGGGAUUGAACCUGCAGCCCUCAAGGACUUUAUACAGAACAUAAUAAAAGUGUACACAGAAGACAAGUGCCUGGUAAAGGAGAAUAGCACCUUAAAUAUACACAACGGCCACUCACUGGUCGUGAACGACACUGCUGCAGAUGACCGUGAUGUUGACUCUAAGGUCAGCUCUGACUCAGGUUCAGAGCAUUUAGAGCCAGCAUCAAGGCUUGGGGCAGAUCUUUUGGCUCUGUAUCAGAGGGCUGAUAUGUCUGACAUCAGCAUCCAGGUGGCAGACAGAGUCUUUUCAGCACACAGAGCCAUAUGCGCGCUCAGAGUAUUUCCGAGCAAUGUUGUGUGGCAGCUGGAUGGAGAGUUUGUGUCAAUGUGUCACUCUUCAGGGGUAGGUUAUGCAGGACACCCAUCAACUCUGGGUCCAGAUGAAAUGGAGAUUCUGCUUCAUUUCAUGUAUGGUGCCAUUCUAGACUUCCCACCAGAAACAAAUGUCAGUCAGGUUGUGUUAGCAGCAGACAUGCUGGGCCUGGAGGGACUGAAAGACAUGUCCGAGAUGGUCCUGACUCGGGACUAUUGCCGCUUUUUCCUCAAGAGCGAUCUCACUCCUCGCGCCCUCCCGUUUUCUUCCUCCCGCGAGCCGGCAAGGAAGAAAAGGCGGGGCAGAGGAUUAAAGCAACAGGAAGAAAGCGAGCUCACGCCGGGUCAGUCCCCGCGUGCCUCGUUUUCUCCGCCCAGAGGGGAUUCCCCAGUCCUCUUUAUUCAGCCAGACCAAUGUCCCUCUGCUGCCGUGAGUGAUCUGGUCUUGUUUGGAGGGACUGAGGAAGAACUUCUAGAGGACAGCAUGUCUCUAGCUGCUUCAGAUGCUGAGGAGCUGGCAGUGGAUGAGCUGGGUCUGGAAUGGUCUCAUCCAGAGGUACCAGCCCGUAGCCGUCUGGAUGAAUGGUUUCUGCCGGGGCGCCAGCAAGCCCCUCGUCAGCGAACCGGCCCAUUCUUCCCGGAGGUCCACGAUGAGCUUACAAAAUCAUGGCGCGCCCCCUACUCGGCGCGCUUGUGUACUUCAUCUUCAUCUGCCCUCACCUCAAUUGACGGCGCUGAAGAGAGAGGAUACGAGCGAUUGCUGCUGCUGGACGAGUCUGUGGCCAUGCAUCUCUGCCAGCCCACGGCUAUUGGAUGGAAAGCCAAGGCCAACCAUCUGUCCAAACCCUGCCGUACGACGUCGGCGCUCGCCGGGCGUUCUUACUCAUCGGUGCUCCACUACAUGGCAGUGCUACAAGUCUUCCAGGCCAAACAUCUCACCGCCACUGAUGACACUGCCCAGGCCAUAGGGCGCUGGAUGGCUAACCUGGUCGUCCUGGAGCUCUACUUGUGGCUUAACCUCACGGAGAUCAAGGAUGCUGACAGAGCCCAGUUCCUGGAUGUGCCGAUCUCCCCCAGCGGCUUCUUUGGUCCAGCGAUUGAAGGGUUCGCUGAACGCUUCACAGAGGCACAGAAGUCGUCCCAGGCGAUGCGACACUUCCUGCCAAAACGCGCUUCAUCUGCUGCUGCCAUUCGCCCCAGACAGGUGCCGACUCGUCAGCCUCCCAAACAAGCGCCCGCUGCUACCACUGCUGCCCAGCCUGUGAAACCCGAGCCUCGACACCGUUCUCGCUCGGCCACCAAAUGUCAUCAGGCGGGUCAGGGACCAGAGAUGCAGGGUUUUUCUUGUAACCCCACUCUGGGAAAAUCAGCACUGGAUAGCCGACCUGUCACAGAUGCUGACUGCGGCCCCAUGGCUCCUUCCUCUGAGACGGGACCUCCUUUCUCAGGCGGACGGAACGAUUUGGCAUCCGCACCCAGAGAUGUGGUCUCUGCACCUUUGGUCGCUCGACGGGAACCCACGGGCCUCCCUGAGCGUUGCUCAGACCAUGGUGAAAUCCCGACCUCCUGUGACGUAUCAGUGAUACUGUCAUUCUUACAAGAGCUCUUGGAGAAGGGACGAUCCCCCUCCACACUCAAGGUCUACGUAGCGACUAUAGCGGCGUCACACGCCCUUAUAGCAGGCCAGUUGGUGGGCAGAAACGACUUAGUCGUCCGAUUUAUGAGAGGUGCCAGAAGGCUUCAUCCACCUUGCCCUCCCACUGUCCCUUCAUGGGACCUGCCCACGUGUGAUGUGUUUCAGACGGUGCAGAGUGUAGUAUCUGUGCUGUGUGGGAGCGAGCAGCUGAUUGGCAGCUUGCCGGAGGUAAAAUGGGCCAAGCAGGUGCUGAGUCUGGCUUGUGAACUGCAAGAAGAGUGUCUGCAGAUGAUUGUCGCACACCUGCCCCAGGUCACACACACCGCUGCCUUCCACGAUCUCCAAAGGAGAGAGGAGUUCACACGUGACCCAACUCUACUGAGGAAGGUGUGCAUAGCCGUGCGGGAGUGUGUCACUGUGGACAACUGCUGUGACCUCUUUACUGCUGUGAACCGACUGAGUGGUGACCCGACUGAGGUAGACAUUAUCACAGAAGAUCAAGCCAAUCAGGUCAAACCAUUCAGACGUGAGCUGUGCUCGCUGCGCACAAAGCUCUGGACCUUCCUGCUUCAGUCCUUCUUUGCAGUGCGGCACACUCAAGGAUGGGACGCACUACAACACAGAUAUCGAGAAAAAAUACUCGCAGCUGCUCUUUAUAAAGGAGACUGUAGACAGCUUGGAAAAAAACCUGUGCUCAUCAGCUCUCAGCAAAGCCAUCACAGUCUUUCGUUCUCUCUCGGUCUCUCUCCCUUCUGCAACAGAAACCCUACAAAAUGCCUCUCGGGCACUUCAUCUCCAUGUGAUAGCCCUACUCAUCCUCCUAUUAAGGUAUCACAGGGUCCACGUGCUUCCCCUGCAAGAUCUGUAGCUGCAGCAUCAGGCACCAUGAAGUCUGAUGCUCUAGGGCCAACAGCUCACACGGCUCCUGGGAAAACAAAAGCUAGUAACAACGCCUCACUCAGAAGUAAAAGUGAUAAGGUUAAGCCAACUCAAACGCCAGCUAGAACCAAGACUACGUCUACUGUUAAACCAGUGUUGAAUGGCACUUCCGGUGGUGCUCCACGGGAGAAUUCCACCACUUCAGGUGCCCAUGGUUCACCCAUAAGGAAGACAGUGCUGGACAGGAAGCCAAACCCAGGAGCAAGGCCAAAGUCUUCCUCUGCUGGGUCUGAUCUCUGGGCAGGCCAGACUAAAGGAGUAAAAGUGCAGAGAGACACAAUGUCAGGGAAGGAUCUGCCUCAGGAAUCGGCCAGCAAUGCUCAGAAUACCCCAUCUAACUCUGGCAGCACCUCACCAGACAACAGUGCUGGGAGUCCAAGAAAGAAAGGCCACAGUAUCCCGACAGGUCUCAGGUCAACACUUCAAGCCAAGGCAACAACAAAAUCUCCUCUGACCAAACCUGCUCAAAAAACAGACACUGACAAGACUAGCAGCCCCACUAACAAGUCAAGCAAGACUAAACCUAUCGUAACCAGCCGUGCAAUACCUGGAAUUCCUGCAUCCCGCUCAGAUCCAAAGAGCAAAAGCACUGUGUCAGGCCUUUCAGAGAACCAUGCUUCAUCCAGACCUGGAUCAUCCAGACCUGGUACCUCUAGAAAGCCUGCCUCCCCAAGAAAAGAGGUAGAGAAAGAUAUAUCUAAACCUGCAACAACAAAGAAGACCACAAAAGCCAUCCCUGAAUCAAAGCCCAGUGUCAAAGCUUCCACGUCUUCCUCCAGGCAUUCACCUGCUGCCCCAAACAAAACAGGACCUAAACAGAAGGCUGCAAAUACACUUCCAACAAAAUCAUCUCUAAAAUCCUCAGGGGCAGUCAAAAACCCAACUGCAGUUGCCUAUAAAAAGCCAGGCAUUGCUGUGAAAGAUUUGGUAUCCAGCCCUAAACAUUCAGACUUAAAAAAGGUCACUCAGCAGUUGAAUCCAGCUUCUGCUGAUGGUAAGACGAGAAGCAAGGAACUGUUUACAUCUUCUCUGGAGAGUUACAAAGUUGUUCCUUCCCUUGAACAGCAUUCACUAGUCAGCCAAGCUUCACCAGAUCAGCCAGAAGCAGUCCCCAAGGUUAUAUCAGCAACUUCCACUAAGGUUCAAGAUAUGGAGAAAAGCAGUGAUCUAGUGAGUAAAUUAAGUAGCAAAGAGAUGAAGACUAAAUCAGUAAUUCCGGACAUACAUACAUAUACUUCUGGACAGAGUGAGGUAAGCAGAAAUAAAUUGGCCACAGACAAUGCCAUUCCACCACAUGUCACGGGACCAGACCGAAGCCUCAAUUCCAUGAACUCUUCAAAGGACUCAGACCUCCCUCUUGAUACACCUUGCAGUCUAGGGAGCAUUAAGACACACCUAGAGGACUCAUGGAAUAGGCUUCAUCCCCAAGUUAGCCCAGAGUCAGAGACUGGCAGUGCCACUACUUCUUCUGAUGACAUAAAGCCACAGUCAGAGGAUUAUGAUGCUGGUGGCUCGCAGGAUGACGACUGUUGUUCCCAUGAGCGUGGGAUUUCAAAGUGUGGGACCAUGCGUUGCCCUGACUUCCUGGGUCGCAGCAACAGUGACACCAGCACACCUGAGGAGCUCAAGAUGUAUGAGAGCGCGGCUGGACUUUGUGUGGAAGUACGGCUCAAAGCACAAGAGGUAGAGACUACAAGUGAAGAAGAAGUAGGGCAUCAAAGACCACGAUCCUGGAUUAGAAAGGAUGAGGUGCCAAUGGAGGAGGAACCUUGUGAAAUGGAUACUACAUUAAAUAACUUGAAGGGUGUCCCAAACCACCAGCUUUUCUCCUCUGAAGAAGAAGAGGAAGAGGAGACUGAAGAUGAAAGAUCGGAAGUUGAGGUGUUACCGAGGAGAGUGGCUCCCCCAAUUGCCGAGCCACCGCCACUGUUUCAAGGUAUUAUCAACCUUGCAUUUGAAGAUCCUGCAGAUCAAGAGAAUGAGCAACCAGAGUACCAUUCAGCUUCCAACUUCCGUCGCUCUGUUUUACUCUCGGUGGAUGAGUGUGAGGAACUUGGAUGUGAAGAAGGAGGCGCCCAGACUGUGACACACCAGUCAAGUGAUUCCUUUACACAUGGCGAUGUCUUUGACAGUGAACCUCACAAUUCUCAAACAGACUACUGCUCCCAGCAACCCACAUACACAGUGAGGGGCAACCAUAUCUCCAACCACCAGAUAAAUGAACAGGAGCCCAAACCCACGGUAUUCCUGACAGAGUCCCGGGGAUCUCCACAGGAGGAUAGUGCAUGCAAUCAUUCAGAUGCCCCUGUGCAAGACAAAAACGGCAGUGAUAUUUCUGCUCAGGAGCGCCCUAGUCACCUGGACCUCCGCCUGGUGGAACAGUAUGACAAUCUCCAGUCUAAACAUAUAGACAGCAGAAAAGCUGACUUGUGGCUAGACUUACCUGAGCCACAGCUGACUGUGAGCUCACCUGCACACUCUCCAUCAGGGGACUGUGAUGGUUGUGAUGCAUUGGCUCAAACCUGCACACAUGACCGGCGGAUAUCUAAAGCCCUGUCUCCCAUUUAUGAGAUGGACCUGGGAGCAGCCCUUGAACAAAGCAUGGAUGCUGACAGGAGCAAUGAUCCCCAGCAGCAGGAGGCACAUCAGGAGGGUAAAGGUGUGGAGACCGAGGACAAUAAAGAGGAAGUGGACCAUGAAGACAGUAAGUUUGCAGAGAAAGACUGGAGUCUGCUUCGACAGCUACUGUCUAACCAAGAAUCCAAUCUGGGCAUCAUAAACUCAGUCCCAGAGGAUUUAAACCUUGCACAGUACUUGAUCAAGCAGACGCUGUCCUUGUCUCGAGACAGCUUGAAUGAACAGGACUACUUGUAUCACGAAAAGGACACAUUUAAGCGCUGGGCUGAGCUUAUUUCUCCACUGGAGGACUCCACCACCAGCAUCACUGUGACCAGCUUCUCUCCUGAGGAUGCUGCAUCUCCACAGGGCGAGUGGACCAUCGUGGAGCUGGAGACACAUCACUGAUGGCUCUGUGGACUGGAAUACAGCCAAUGUUUUGAUAGGACUCUUUGGAUUACUGCAUCCUUUCUUCCUUUCUUUGGUGCUUAUUUAUUUUGGGGAGAAAGACAGAUCAGUUCCCACUUAAGUUAACCGAAGUCACAUGUCAGGGUAAUGGAAAAAUGACCUCUGUGCAGUUGUUUUGCAUGUGGGCAAUUUUCUAAGUUAUGUUGUUUACUUGAUGGGUUUUGCUUGAAUCUUUGUAGAAUACCAAAAAUGCAUUUUCUUGUUGCUCUUUAUGUCUCUGAAAUAUAACGAUCCCAAAACAUUUUGAAUAGAGUGUACAGAGUAAGUGGUUCUGGUUUACAUUGAUCGUUUAAGACAAUAAAAGCUGUGUUGUUUGAA